CAAACACAGAAAAAACUCCUGGUGAAGCGACUGAGAUCCAGUGACACUAUUAUAAAGAUGGCGUUUAUUAAAGUGAAAAGUGAGGACAUGGAGAUUGAAGAAACAUUCAGAGUGAAAGAAGAAGAAACUCAGGAACAAACAGACCUGAUGCCGCUGAAAGAGGAGAUUCAAGAACUUGAUGAUGGAAAGGAAGAGACACUUGAUGUCAUAACUGUGGAAAACGUUCUUGACUGCUGGCAGACUGAAAAGACUCGCUCACAAGAAACCGCUGAAAAGACGGGGAGUAAACGUUAUUUCAUCUGCUUUCAGUGUGGAAAGAGUUUCAGCCAACACGAAAACCUUGAAGCUCACAUGAAGAUUCACAGUGGAGAGAGCGCUUACCCCUGCCAAGAGUGUGGAAAAGGUUUCUCUGGAAAGGGAAGCCUCAAAGUCCACAUGAGAAGUCACACUGGUGAGAAACCUUUCAUCUGCCCUCAGUGUGGAAGGAGUUUUGCACACCAGGCAACGCUUAAUGACCACAAACGAAUUCACACUGGAGAAAUGCCUUUCACAUGUGAUCGGUGUGGAAAGAGUUUCAGACGUAAAAUAACCCUUAAUUCCCACAUGAGGACUCACUCGAGAGAAAACUGCUUUAAAUGUCUUCAAUGCGAAGAGAGUUUCACAGACAGCAAUCACCUGAAGAGCCAUGUAAUGACUCACAUUGGAGAGAAGCCUUUCAUGUGCGAUCACUGUGGAAGGACUUGCUCAAGCAAAUCAAACCUUGAUGUUCACGUGAGACUUCACACUGGAGAGAAGCCUUUCACCUGCCCUCAGUGUGGAAAAGGUUUCAAUGAAAAAGGGACCCUUAAAAUCCACCUAAGAGUUCACACCGGAGAGAAACCGUUCAUAUGUUUUCAGUGUGAGAUGAGUUUCACAUAUCGAAGAGACCUGAAGCGUCAUUUGCGAGGUCAUCCUGGAAACAGCAGUGUUAUGGUUGGUCUACCGAUUCCAGAACGUGUCCGAAACAAAACGCCCCUAAUCUGAAUCUCGGCUCUGGAGGCUUCCUAAAGCUCAGCAAAGCUUGUACACAUUGUAAUGACAGUAACGAUGUCAAUUUAAAUGCGUGCUUGAUGAGAAAACAUUGA